AUGGCCCUGUGCGAUGACCUGGGCGUGGAGACCAGCGACUCAAAAACAGAAGGCUGGUCCCCAAACUUCAAACUCCUGCAGUCUCAGCUCCAGGUGAAGAAGGCAGCUCUCACUCAGGCCAAGAGCCAGAGGACAAAACAAAGUACAGUCCUUGCUCCAGUAAUCGACCUAAAGCGAGGCGGCUCUUCAGAUGAGCCGCAGAUCGUGGACAUUCCGCCGCACGUGGCCGCAGGCCUCAAGGACCCUGUUCCCAGCGGGUUUUCUGCAGGAGAAGUUUUGAUCCCCUUAGCUGAUGAAUAUGAUCCCAUGUUUCCUAAUGAUUAUGAGAAAGUAGUGAAGCGCCAAAGAGAGGCGCGACAGAGGCAGCGGGAGCUGGAAAGACAGAAGGAAAUAGAAGAGAGAGAAAAGAGGCGUAAAGACAGACAUGAAGCUAGUGGGUUUUCCAGGCGACCCGAUCCAGAUUCUGAUGACGAUGAAGAUUAUGAGCGAGAGGGGAGGAAAAGAAGUAUGGGCGGAGCUGCCAUUGCACCUCCCACGUCUCUUGUGGAGAAGGACAAAGAGUUACCCCGAGGCUCCCCUUAUGAAGAGGAUUCACGACCUCGCCCACAGUCUUCCAAAGCCGCUAUCCCUCCCCCAGUGGACGAGGAACAAGACAGACGCCGAUCCCCGACCGGCCCUGGCAACUCCUUCCUCGCCAGCAUGGGGGGCACGGUAGCACAUAAAAUCAUGCAGAAGUGCGGCUUCCAGGAAGGCCAGGGUCUCGGGAAGCAUGAGCAGGGCCUGAGCACAGCGCUGUCGGUGGAGAAGGCCAGCAAGCUAGGCGGCAAGAUCAUCGUGGGCGACGCCACCGGGAAAGACGCAGCCAAGAAGUCGGAUUCGAAUCCAUUAACUGAAAUACUUAAGUGUCCUGCCAAAGUGGUCCCACUCAGGAACAUGGUUGGUGCAGGAGAGGUGGAUGAAGACUUGGAAGUAGAGACCAAGGAAGAGUGUGAAAAAUAUGGCCAAGUUGGAAAAUGUGUGAUAUUUGAAAUUCCUGGCGCCCCUGAUGAUGAAGCAGUACGAAUAUUUUUAGAAUUCGAGAGGAUUGAGUCAGCAAUUAAAGCUGUUGUUGAUCUGAACGGGAGGUAUUUUGGUGGACGGGUGGUCAAAGCAUGUUUCUAAAAUUUGGAUAAAUUC